AUGAGCUCCACAAACAAACACGAUCCGACGCCCCAGUCGACGCUGGACCACUUCAACGCGAUCCCGUGGUGCCGCCCACACCUGGCCGACGGGGCGUUUCGGCGGGUGAGCAUGUCGCGCACGCUGACGCAGCCGGGCCACGGGCACUCGCUGAUGGCCGAGACGUGGAACACGGACAAGACCAUCACGUACUUGCUGUCGAUGUACCGACGGCCGGCGGCGGCGGGAACAGACCCAGACCCAGACCCAGACCGGCGAGGCGAGGUGCGGCGCUUCUACACCUUCGGCACCGGCAUGAACGCCCACCCGGACACGCUGCACGGCGGCGUCAUCGCCACCAUCCUGGACAGCACCAUGGGCAACGUCAUCGGCCAGCAGCUGCGGCACCGCGCGGCGACAUUUACCGUCGCCCUGAAUGUGACGUACCGCAAACCCGUCCGAACCCCGGGCACCAUCAUGGCCCGGUCGUGGAUCACCAAGGUCGACGGGAGGAAGGUCUGGGUCCACGGUGUCAUCGAGGAUGGCCACGGGAAUGUCCAUGCCGAGGCGGAUGGCAUGUGGUUAGGGCCCAAGGCGAAGCUGUAG